UAUGGUGAGCCAAAGAAAGGCGAAGCUAAACAAAAGGCUAGCAUGUAGAUAGCAUUUCCUAAAAUAACAGUAAAAUUUGCGUAAAUACUGACUUGAAACACUUAUUUUUAUGAUAUAACAAAGUGAAGUAACAAUUUAUAUUACGAGUGUAUCUUAUAAGUUCAUAAAAUGAAGCACAAUGCAUCGUGUAAUGGUGGCCAUUAAAAGUAAUAAUUAUGUAUAUUGGCAUACUUACUGCUUUACGGACCAGCAAAUAAACAUUUAAAGAGUUACACAGACUGGUUUAUCAUAAGUUCUAACUGGACAACAUGUAAACCCAAGUGAUAUUUGUGAUAUGUGAGCAAGGAAAAGUGCCCAGUGUAAAUAGACCAUUUGGCACGAACCAUGGCCCAGAAUCAGGGGGAGGUUCAAGUGGGGACACCGAACCAACCCGUAAAGGAGAAAGAUAUUUACGCCUGUUUGCCUGAUAUGCGGACGAACGGGCCGCUUGGACCCGACGAACCGUGUUCAGGUGGCGAAGAGCUCCGGUGGCUGCCCGCACAGGCCACAGACCGUGAUCUGGUUAUGUACUUGAGAGCUGCGCGCUCCAUGGCAGCAUUCGCUGGUAUGUGUGACGGGGGCUCCCCCGACGACGGCUGCGUUGCCGCCAGUCGCGACGAUACCACUAUCAACGCUUUGGAUGUCCUUCAUGACUCUAACUAUGACCCUGGCAGAGCUCUCCAAGCUCUUGUGAAAUGUCCAGUUCCCAAAGGAAUUGAAAAGAAGUGGACGGAAGAAGAGACUAAAAGAUUUGUCAAAGGAAUACGGCAGUUUGGUAAGAAUUUCUUUAAAAUAAGAAAGGACUUAUUGCCUCAUAAAGACACUGCAGAGUUAGUUGAGUUCUAUUAUCUGUGGAAAAAGACUCCUGGUGCUAGUAGCAAUAGACCACAUAGGAGACGACGACAGGCAUCCCUGAGACGUGUUCGUAAUACACGGAAUUCCCGUGCUGGUACUCCCAAAGAGCAGACUCCAGAAGCUACGCCUGCAGUGCCUGACACUAAUGGUUCAAGACCCUCACCUAAUCCUAAAGAAGCAGGUGAGAUGAGUUCAGUUACAGAAGAUGAGAAUUCUGAAGAAGAUAGUGAUUCCAGAGAUGCUGGGGAUCUAGCCAAAGUGGACAAUGUUAGACCAGAAAACCCAGAUGAUUCACCAAGUCGAAUGAGAACCCGCAAUAAAUCUAAAGAGCAAAAUACACCAACUACACCUAAUGGAAAGAAGGGCCAAGAUGAAAGUGAUACCGAUUCCAAGCCUCCUAAACCUAAACCUGCUAAACCAAAUGUACAAAGUACAAAUACUAACAACAAUGUACCUGACAAGGUGUUAUCUUCUCCGGUCAGUAAAGACAUAAAGAAAAAGGUUGUGGCAAAUGGCAAAGUAGAUGUGUCAAAAGUUAAGAAACGUCUCCCAGAUGACACCAAGCCAGAAAUUUUGGAUGGUGAUGUUCAAAUGAAAAAGAAAAAGCCUGUGGAACCACCUGAUAGUCCCGCAGAAAGUCUCACUAAUGACAGUUUUCCUGCUAUGGAUGAAACAGAAACUCCUGAGCCAGAGCCAGAAGCUUGUGACUUCAGUUUUAACAAGACUGAUAAGGAAAACACUGAACAAAAUAAGGAACCAGAGCCUGAAUCGCUUACUAAAGCCACUGAACCUCAAAUUAAAAUGGAAGGUAAUCCUCAACCUGUUAUUAAAACUGAGAAAGAUCCAUUACCUCCAACUUUCCAGAUGGCUACAGACAAAGAUGAAAGGAGUGCUCUUGAUCUGAAAACAGAUCCUAACACAAACACAAAUAAAAUGUCUGAGGAUAUGGAGCCAAGACCUCUUGUUAUGCAAAAUCCAAUGUUUCCUAAAACUGAACUCAUUAUACCUAAAGUUACACCCAUGUGUACAGAUCCCAUUGAGAAGAUUAAAAUCAAAGAGGAAAUAGAUACAGAUGAGACAUUAAAUCUACAAAAAGAGGAUUUCCCAAAAGAUCCAUUGUCACACAAUUUCCCAGGACAUCCUGUGAAUCAGUCCAACAAACCUCUCAAUUUGGAAAAUACCAACUUCUUUGUGAAAGACAGUCACAUAUACAAUCCAAAAAUAGGCCACAGUAUAAAAAUAGAAAAUGUGCCUAAUAACAUAUUCAAUCCUUUAAAUAUUACAAAAGACAGUUCAAUUAUAAGAAGUGCAAAAGACUUUUCUUCUGGUAUGCCACCAUUCUCUUAUCCACCAAAUAUGAACUUUUCUAAUGAUCCUUCCAAACAUAAUCCUCAUAUGAAUCCACUUAAAACAGUGAUAAAAUUGGAACCGAGAGAUGAAGCUAGUGAAAUGAAAAAUCAAAAUACACCUGAAAUCUUCACUGCAACAAUUUCAUCAGGCAACAAAGUUGAUUCUCCGAAUGCUCCUCGCUUGGAUUCACUACAGAGGAUGAGUCCACCACCUACUAACCCACGUGGGUCAUCACCACCUCCAAUGGAACAUCCUACAACACUUAAUACAGAGCCUAUUUCGCCAGCAAACUCUCAAGAGAAUAAAGAAUCUGAUGUUGAUGAUAAACAACCAACUGACUUAAAGACUCAGCCAAUGCCUAAGUUGGAUGCCCAGAAUAGAGACCUGAGGCCACCCUCAUUUUCGCACCCAGUGAGACCAGAAAAUCUUGGAAUAAGAUCUACAGAAGCUUCUAUAACACCAGUUUCUGUCCAGAACAUGCCACCACCACUUAGCCAGCCUUCAAUUGCAGGCCUGCUACCACCCGGACCAUUAAUAUCCGUUGGAAAUGGAGCAAAUGUUGGACCUUAUGGGUUUAUGCCUACAGCAUUGUAUGGUCAUACAAGUCAUCCUGGUCAUCCCGGGCAUCCAGGACUUGAUAAGCCAGGCUCAAUGCCUCCUCUUAUGCAACAACAUCCACAACCACACAAUUUACAAGGAAGUAAUCUUAUACAAUCUUCUUCCAAUCAAAACGAUCCAUCAAUGCCACAAGAUCUGAAAAUCAAGCAAGAAGUGCCUGACAAUGUACCAGCCAACUUAUCUACUCAGCAAGUAGAUCCACUUCAAUCACUCAAAGAAGUCAAAGUGCCAGGAUAUCCUAUUGGAAGUGCUAUAGCACAACAUUUGAAUACUGAGAGGGACAGGGAAUCAAUAUCUAGUGUUGAAAAUAAUAGUAGACCACCAAGUCAACCUACUAAUGAGAAUUCCAAUAUGUCUAGUGCUUUCCUCGGCCCAAGAAUAGAAAGUAUAAAGAAAGAACCAGAAUUCUUACACCAACCACACCUACCACCAACUUCUACAAGUCAAAGCAGUGGAUCAGAAUCUUCUAAUCAUGUAACACCAGUGAAGAGUCCACAUACGCCAACGCCCAUUAAAAGUCAACCAGGUCACAAUGGAACACCAAUGCACAUUGCUCACUCGUCCUCUACCACAUCGCCGUUUUCAAGGCACCUGACGAGUCCUUCGCAACCGAGACAAAUCUCAGCGUCGCCAGUUCAACCAAAUACUCCGGUGUCACAUUCGGCGCUCAACUUGAUGAAUCCAACACCAUUAUCAAUACCAGCGACUAUACCUGGCCCCGUAAUGCAUUCUGGUCAACAGCCACAUCCGUUUGCAUCGCCGCUACAUCACCCACAUUUACUUCAUCCUUCUAUCUUCCAAUUGUCUGCAGCAGCGGCCCACGCUAUGCAUCCGUACUACCCGCAUCCACACCCGGGGUAUACAAUGCCUUAUCCAUAUCCGUAUGGACCUCUUCCUCAACCACAUCCUAUACCGCCGAUGCACCCUGCGGUAAGCACGGCCGGACGCCAUGACCCAGUGAAACCAUCAACUAUUGAGUCCACGACGAUGCUCAGCUCGCAUCAUAGUCACAGCACUAGUUCUUCAGUCACAACAAGAUCUCUUCGAGAAAUUUCUGAAAGCUCAGAAGAUCCAAGAAAUCCCAACGCGACAACUGAAAGACAUCAAUUGCACGAGACAACGAUGACUCAUCAUCAUUCGACUAGCCAUCAUAGCGCUGUACACACUAGUACAGAGAAGCAGCCAAGUCAUGUUGGUGGAGGAACGAACCACACGCUAUCUAUAUCUCAUUCGACUUCAAGCAGUUCGUCUCAAUCGAUCCAGCAUAAAAUCAAUACGCAACAAAAGAGCAGUUCACACUCGAACUCGCCGCAUCACUUGUCGGCCAGCGUGUCUCAGACAACUAGUUCGUCGUCUAGCGUGAACGUUACGAACAAUCACAACCACACGCAUCAUCACUCACAUCACUUAGCACAUCAUCCUGAGAGACUUUCUCCAGCUGACUCAAUGUUGAUGCGUCAUCACCCGAAAAUGCUUCCUGGCAAUCCAAAUCAUCUGAUGAUACAACCGCCAUCGAUGGGUCACCCUAUGGGACUUGGCUUACCUCCAGGGCCCGGACCUAGUUCUAUUGAAAGCCUUCGUCUGCACGCGCAAGCCGCUGCUGGGCUCCAAGCAUCACACCCAAGACCCGGCUCGCCGCACCAGCUACCUCACGGUCAUCCGCACUUGCGCGGCCCUCCGCGGCCCAUGCCGGAUGAGAAUCCAGAGCUAAAACUAGAAACUCAAUCACAACCAGAGGAGGAAGAAAUCCCGAGCCCUGCGCACAUACCGCAUGGACCUAGUCCCGAACCCAAGAUUGAAGAUACCGAAUGUCACAGAUCACAAUCGGCUAUUUUCCUCAGGCAUUGGAAUCGCGGUGAUUAUAAUUCGUGUACAAGAACAGAUCUCAUCUUUAAACCGGUGCCAGAAUCAAAACUGGCACGCAAACGAGAAGAACGCCUUAGGAAGCAAGCUGAACGAGACAGAGAAGAAAGAGAAAAAAUUGCUCAGCAAGCACAUAGAAAGAUAGCAACCCCAGAGAAACCAGAGACAAAGCCACCGUCAAGAGGUGCCAUUGAAACAAUUUCAUCUCCAUACGAUCGAUUCCCCCGGCCGCCUGGGUACCCUGACACGCCUGCACUGCGUCAAUUAUCAGAGUAUGCUCGACCCCAUGCUGGCUUUAGUCCAGGAAAUCUUCCGCGCCAUUGUAUGGACCCUAUGCUCCAAUACCAACUAAGUUCAAUGUAUGGUGCUGCUGGCGCGCGCGAGCGUCUCGAACUAGAACACCUCGAACGUGAGAAACGAGACCGAGAAAUUCGAGAACUGCGUGAACGUGAGCUUAACGACAGACUGAAAGAGGAACUGCUUAAAAACAAUGUAGGGCCACGAGCACUGGACCCGCACUGGCUGGAGAUGCACCGGCGGUACGGGAUGGCGCCACCUCCGCCUCAGGGCGCGAUCCCCGUUCAAUUCGGACUGUACCCGCCGGGGCACGGGCCAGCCGCGCUCUCUCAACUCGAGCGUGAGCGGCUCGAACGUCUCGGCAUCCCACCGGCAGGAGGACAGCAACAGUCCGUGCCGACGACCAUGUCGCAGCAGCAUCACCCGCACCACCCGCACCCGGGCGUGGCGGCCGCGCAGCUCGAGGCGGCGGAGCGGCUGGCGCUCGCCGCCGACCCUAUGGUGCGGCUGCAGAUGGCGGGCAUCAACCCGGAGUACCACGCGCACACGCAUGCGCACACACACGCGCACUCGCACACACACCUGCACCUGCACCCGGGGCAGCAGGCGGCGGCGCAGGCGCAGCAGGAGGCGGCGCUGGCGCUGGGCCCGUACCGCGGCCUGCCGCACCCCGACCUGCUGGGGCGGCCGUACGCGGAGCAGCUGGCGCAGCAGGCGGCGGCGCACGAGCAGCUGCAGCGCCAGCUGCUGCUGGAGCGCGAGCGCGGCUUCCUGCACCCGGCGCACCACGAGGACUUCCUGCGCCAGCAGCGCGAGCGCGAGCUCAAGGUGCGCGCGCUGGAGGAGGCGGCGCGUGCUAGCCGCCCCUAAUGCCUGCGCCGCGCACUACAGAACCCACUAACUUUCCAAGUGUUCACGCGCCGCCCGAAUUAGGGCCGAGCGGUAUUUUCAUGUGUGACGAUACCUGUAAUUUAUAUUUAUGAUAGGGCCGUACCUUAAGUAUUUAAGUUUUUAUAAUAUUUUUAUAGUUGCAUGGUCGUGUAGUACGCUUAUUUUCCAUGCUCAAAUUUAUUUCUUACCUACUAGUCAUAACUAAAAUUUUAUUUGUGAAUGAAAUAAAGAGUCACACGUUUUUACGUAGGCUAUUUAGAUUAAAUUAUUGUUUAUUUUAAAAUAACAAAGGCCUCGAUAGCUACUAGUGUAGCCUGAUCGCCUACUCGACUACAUACAAAGGAACUGUGUCACAUUACGUUGCUGACGGAAGCCGCAUUUGUUCUACACCAGUAGCUUUCGAAUGAAAUCAUAAUGCAAAUAAAUAAGGGUGCUGGUUAGCAUUCAUGUGAAUGGACCACAUGAUUACAGUAAUUAUGUUCAAUGUAAACUACAUUGCUUUUUUAUGUUCAUAACAUGACAUAAUAAUAUAUAACUAUAAAUAAGUGUUUAUUUAAGUAUGAGACAGAGUAGGGACUGUGUGGACUUGCCUUUCUAAUCAACUUGCCUUUUACGUACUGUCCCGUAGUGACUUUCUCGCUCUGUGUAAUCCUAAGGAACUCCUAUUUCACUUAAAUUAUUUACAUUUUUAAUAGAAAUAUAUAUUUUCAAAUAGUACCUAUCUAGCUCUCAAUGAAACGUUCGUGAGUAUAGAGUGAUAAUGUAGACCAUUCAAUUAGACAUGAGAGGCAAUCGUUUGUGGAACUAAUUACACUCACAUAUCAAUUAUAAGAUUGAAGUAUCGCCGUGAGAAAAUUGUUACUAAUUGAUAUGUUGCCUUCAAAUGUUGAUAUUGGCCGAAUGCAAUAAUUCUAUAUUAGCAAUGAAAGGUGAUUAUGGCCUUGGUGUUGUAUAAGAUCGUUUUGUACAGAUUGUGAUGGAAUAUUUUAUUGAAUGCAAUUUUGUUCUUUUAUGUUCGCUGUUGUAUGGGAUCCGUUCUCAGUUAUGACUGCUAAUAAUACGGUACGGACAUAAUGCGCGCGUUUUGUGUAAUGAGCGAAAAUAACCAACCGCGGUCCGCACCAUUAUUACGCACAAAGCCAUGUUUAUUACAUUUAUUUAUCCCAGUUACUUACUGAUAUCCAAUUUAACUUAAUGUCUAUUUGAACAUAAAUCGCAAUUAAUAUUUUUAUUUCGUUUUCAAACAUUAAAGAGUACAAUCAAUCAAGAAAUAAAUGUGUUUGGGUUUUUUUCUAUGAAUUCCGUUUUUAUUUGCAUAAUUUAGAGUGGUAUUAGCAGUCAUAAUGGUUGAGAAUAGAAAGCCACAAAAAACUGCAAAUUCAAUAAUUUGAACUCACAGUCAGUGAGUACUCUGUGUAAUUAGGCAACACUUGUGUCCCCUGACAUUAUGCUGAUGUGUAAUUUUCUUUCUCAAUCUCUCUUUCCCAUUCGUAAGUCGAGAGAAAGUAGGUUGACAUGUCAUCUUAUUGCCUGGGACAAGUCGGAGAGCCGACAACUUUAAAUUGUUGACUGAAACUCACAAAACUCCCUUCAUUUCGUAGACAAUACCCAAAAUUAUAAAGCUAACACAAAAUGUACUUUACGUCUACGAAAUAAAGGUAAUUUUGUACCCUAACAAAGUGUUUAUAUUGUUUAAAGAUAUAUCGAUAGUAGAUUAACACUAACACAAAAAUUAUGUACUUAUAUUGAAAUUAUUUUGAUCUUGACUCUAUUCUGUGUAAUAAUAAUACUAAUGAGUGGUUAAAAUAUUCUUGUAAAUUUUAAGAGUUGUAAUUAACGCCCGUUGUACACAUUCAGUAACUCUGCACUAAAUGUAAUAUAAAUUCCCUUUGUAAGAAAUAGGCGCUGUUAGAAACAAUUUUAAAGUUAUAUUGAGUAUCUAGAUUAACUUUCACAGUGUCGCUUCGUAGGUGUUAUGUUGGUAAUGCCAUAGUUACUUUCUGAUAUCUAAAGAGAAAAUGAGUAUUAUUUUUAGAGACAAAUUAUAUCUUAAUUAAUUAAGAGGUUGCGUGUCGGUUUAAAACUUCAUUUAUUUAGACAAUAAGGUUAAAUGGAUGUCUUAGUGCUUUUGUGUAAAUUUUUUUGAAUAAUAUAUGUGAAAAAAUUCAA